UCAUACUGUCAUUAUAUCGAGAAACACUGCGAUCCAGAAUACUUCGCCAUAUCCAAAUACUACUUCUGUUCGCGAUAUGUGGGAUCGACGUCUCUCCUUUUAGCCGUUUCAUUGGCUAUUAUUGUGACAUUGGUGGUGAUUCUCCUUUCGCUUACCAUCUUAGUCGCGAACUACUUGUUCAAGAACUUGAACGAUGUAACGGUCAAUUUGAACAUUAACAACCAGAUCUUGGGAUUUAUCCUCGUGCCUCUUUCGAACACUUUCCCAGACAUGAUUAACUACUACGUGGCUCUUAACUCAGGUUCCUCGGACCUUGUCAUUGGCCAACUAGUUGGUUCUAUACUUAUUCUUUUCACAGUAGUCAUUGGUCUAAUAAGUGUUUUCAACAGUCCUUUUGAAGUCGUUCACAAGAAAGUGCUAGCCAUUGAUUUUGCAUGGGUUCUCCUUGUUCUUGUUAUUUUUCUGUAUAUUCUUCUGGAUGGUAGGAUAACCAUCGUAGAAUGUGCCUUCAUGGCUCUGGCAUACUUGGUCUACAUUGCCUUCUUGUGUCUUUUCAAUAAGGAGAAAAUGUCCGAAGACCAAGAAUGUCAAAAUCUACUUUCGCAUCAAGCCCAUCCUAACCAUCUGUCGGAGUACCUAGAAGUGCCGUACAAUAUAGAAGAUGCACUCAGUAUUCUUUCCAACGAAGAAGUUAGCUAUGGCGCCAUUUCUCCUUCUAAGUCUCCAUCCAGUCUAGUAGAAACAGAAGAUUUGGAACAACAAAAGGCCCUUUCCAUUUCUAAGUUCUUUGUCAACGUGAUAGACAUGAUAUUCUUUAUACUUAUUCCUAUUCAUUUGACCGAGCGAGACCUGGAUGAACUCCAUUGGAAACAUAAAAUUAACGAAUACAAAGCCCUUCAUUACUGGUUUCUUAUUGAAAUUCCAUUACUAUUUAACUACCAAUUUUUUCACUUCGCGUGGACUACUUUGAUAUCUAUAAUUCUUGUUGAAUUUCUUUUGGUGGAAUUAGCAUACGACCACGUACCUCCAAAAUUUAGGAGCAUCAUCAUAAGUAUUGCUGGAGUUGCAAAUACGCUAAUAAUCACCUCUGAAUUUUCAAUGAAGAUUCUUGAGAUCUUGAAGAAUUUUGGACUUAUAUGGCACAUAUCUGAUUACUUGCUAGGGUUACUUGUUUUCUCCAUCAGUAAUUCGAUCAAUGAUCUUGUUACAAACUUAACCAUUUCGACAAAGAUCAAUCCUAUUCUAGGGAUAAAUGCUUGCUUGGGUACUCCAAUGUUAAUCAUUCUACUUGGAAUUGGAGUUAAUGGAAUAAUUGUUCUAUUAAAACAUGGACAAACCGCAAUCAAGUUUUCGUUGACAGAUAAUGUGGUGAUCAGUAUGACCUCUCUAUUAUUGAUAGUGGCAUUUUACUUCGUCUACAUUCCAUUGAAUAAUUGGCAAUUUGAUAAACGAGGAGGCUUGAUUCUUAUUGCUUGGUAUGCUAUGACCACCGGUGUCAAUUGUUAUUUAGAAAUGUGA